GUGGUGGCCCGUCAUCACCUUGUGAUGGAAGUGCCAUCUUCGGGGGCACCGAAAAAGGUGAUGGUUAUCGCCGACCCAACGCGUGAGUCGGCGAUUGCACUUCAAUGGGCUCUUUCUCAUGCAGUGCUUGAGAAAGAUGAGCUUUUCCUCCUACAUGUAGAACAACCAGUUUCAUGGCGUGCCACAUUCUCUACCUUCCUUAGAAAACCUUCGUCGCCAGUUAUCAUGUCCACCGCCAGCAACUCUUCAUUGGAAGCCAAUAUUGUUGGGGGAGAUACUGAUUUUCUUGAUGUAAUGAAGCAUGCAUCUGAGGUUGCUCAACCCAAAGUUAAGGUUCAUAUAGAGAGGAUUGAAAUUGAUGGAAAGGAUAAGGCCUCUACCAUUCUCAUGAAGAGUAGAAUGCUUUCCAUUGACAUCCUUGCCAUUGGCCAGCGUCGUAGUCUCUCCAAUGCCAUAUUAGGAUGUAGACGGAGUGGAGGGUCUACAAGAGGGACAAGAGGGAUAGAUACAGCAGAGUAUUUGAUUGAGCACAGUAAGUGCACAUGCGUUGGAGUUCAGAAGAAGGGCCAAAAUGGAGGAUAUCUUCUUAACUCCAAGAAACACAGAAAUUUCUGGCUUCUUGCAUAGUACAUAAAUGAUCAAUUAAUUCGGUUUGAGAGCUCUCUAUGACACUGGGUUUCUGCCAUGGUU